AUGCCAUCAACAUGGUGCAUCGCAGCAUUUGCUCACACACUGGAAGAAAUGCUUGUCUCUAGAAUUGGAGCGGGUGGAAGAGCACAUUUUCGCUCAAAAGGACGCCGCGACCAUGAGACCAUCGGAAUCCAAAACCCCUAUUCCUCAGAAAAAGAGGUAGACAAAAAAGAAAAACCGUCCAAGAGUAAGAGAACCUCGUACAAUGACGUGGGGGUCGCUUGUUUUUUCACGUUAGGAUGCGGAAGCCAUGAAGACUUCCUGCAUUCCUCCCGUGGAUUUUCUUUACUUUUUAGCUUCAGACGGCAGGACGGGCCGCUUUUUCUACAGUCACCAGUCACCCCUUUAAAACGUACAGACGGCACUCCGCUAUUCCACAGGCAUUGGGCACGGUGUCGAAAUAGACUUCGCUGCAACAAAAUCCGAAUUCCAUCAAGAAACGUAUUUCCCUAA